AUGCACUCCAAGUGGAUGCUGCAGUUUCCAGUGGGCCGUGCCGUGUUGAUUGCAUGCGUGCUGUUAGCCAGCAACUGCCCGUUCGGUAUCACGGCAACGGCAACGGAGUUUGAGUGUCAGGCUAGCAAGAGCAACAGAUGUACCUUCGCCAAUGCCACCGUGCAGCUCACUGACCGCGAGCAUCCUCCGGCGUACCAACUGCGGGCCACUGGAUACGAUGGAGUGUCCCCUUUGGCGGUCCUGUUUGCGGACACCACGCUCGAGUACAUCCCGGAGCGAGCGUUCGCUACGAUUCCGAACGUAACGAUGCUACGGUUACUGCAAACCCGAACCCGCAUACUGCACGAGGAUGCUUUUCAAGGUUUGAACCGCUUAUCGGCACUCAUGAUAGCGGAGAAUCCGCUCGAGCACCCGUCACUGCCAGCGAAUCUGUUCCGCGGGCUAACCUUCCUAAAGACGCUCAAGCUGAUUGAUGUUGGGCUCGAGGUGUUAUCGCCGGAGUUGCUCCGUGAUCUGACUGACCUGCGCUACUUGUACGCGAGCAAAAAUCGACUGCGUACCCUGGAUGAGACGGUAUUUGCACACUGCCCGCACAUCGGGACGCUCGAUCUGUCCGAUAAUGCUAUCGAAACGCUGCCCGAACAUGUGUUCGAUCCACUGCACGAUGUGGAAACGAUCAAGCUGGACAACAAUCUGCUGCCGGACGUGCACGAGAAUCUGUUUGCGAAUACGGGCGAUCUGCAGGUGCUGACGCUUAGCAACAAUUCGCUCACCCUUCUGUCGCCCAUUUUGCUGCGCAAUUUGAGCCAUCUCCAGAAGCUGCAUCUCCGCCAGAACCGGAUCGCCGAGUUUCAGCUCCUCUACUUCCCUUCGAUCGAACCGUUCGCACUGGAUCUGCGUAACAACGAGCUGACCGCGUUCAACCGUACAUCGUUGACCGCUCUCGAGAAUCUGAAAUCGAUUUGGUUGAGCGAUAACCGGUUGACGGAAAUCGGUGCCGACACGUUCACCGAUGCCGUCAACACGACCUACAUCGAGCUGGACGAUAACUUUUUGACCGAACUCCCGGGGGAUCUACUGGCCGGCCUGACACACCUUCGUAUCUUCACCGCCAGCAGCAAUCAGCUCGGACGUGUCCCCGAGGAGCUAUUCCUGGAGAACCUCAAGGUGGUCGUGAUCCGGCUCCACAACAAUCUCAUCGAAGAGCUACCGGUGCGCUUCCUGGCCGAGCUGCCCAUCCUGGAGGAGGUCUACCUUGGUCAGAACCUACUGACACGCCUCCCGGGGGACGCCUUCAUCGAUUGUCCCAAACUGCGCGUCAUCAAUCUCGAGCACAACCGUCUCGACUCGCUGCCGGAUCGGAUCUUCGAGCGUCAGGCCGACAGUUUGCAGACACUCGACCUCGAGGGUAACCAACUGACAAGCCUGGGUUUCCUGGGCCGUCUACGGCGUCUCAUACGGCUCGAUCUCGAGGGAAACCUACUGGAAACCGUUCCGACCGGCACGUUCGCCGGAACGCCCCACAUCGUUCAGCUGUUGCUCGGUUCGAACCACCUGUCGACCAUCGCUCACGACACAUUCGCCGGGCUGACCGUGCUCAAGGUGCUGAAUGUGUCCAACAACGGACUGACUGGCAUCUCCCGGGACGCUUUCCUCGAACUUACCGGCCUUAAUGAGCUGUACCUACACGACAACCAGCUGGAAACCGUACCGAACGAACUGUUCGAAUCGCUCUGGGCACUGAAAAAACUCACCCUGGCCAACAACCGGCUCACCCAGCUACAGCCGGCCCUGUUGCCUGUGAUUCCGAAGCUGCAGGCACUGGAUUUGUCGAACAAUCCGCUCGAACCGGAGCUUGUACCGGAGCGCACCUUCCUCAACAGCUCCAACCUGGAGAUGCUCUCACUCAACGGCAUCCCGAUGAGGCGGUUGGUGAGGCAAUUCCUCGCGAAACCCCGACUCCUGCGCUACCUGAGCGCGGAAGCUUGUGGUCUUGGGGAGCUACAACCGGAGGCAUUCUGGUUAGUCGGUUCGUUGAGCCCAUUAGUGUUACUGUUACGCGGAAAUCGAAUCACGGCACUACCGGACGGAUUGUUCCGCACUUCGCCGAAGCUGACGGUAUUGGAUCUGUCGUUCAAUCAGCUCACCGAACUGAACACGGCCGCGAUGUCACGCGACGGUGAGCUCCAGGAGCUGUAUCUUGAAGGAAACCAGCUGUCCCGAUUGCCGGAUGCUGGCGAAUUCCGUAAAUUUGCCAGCAAACUAAAGAUACUGAACGUUCAAUCGAACGCCCUCACACAGCUACCGGUCGGUGUGUUCGAGGGGCUGUCGGAACUUAAAGUGUUGUCCGUUGGUGGUAACCAGCUGGCACACCUCGAAGCGACCGUACUCGCACCCAUGCCGGCACUCGAAUCAAUUGCACUUAAUGCGCUCCAGCUGACGGGACUGGAUCGUGAUACGUUCGUCAAUCAGCCGAACCUCCGGUCGGUGUAUCUGCAAGAGAACCGCCUCCGUGAACUCGAUCCGGAUACGUUCCGCCGGAAUCGCGCACUGGCAACGCUGAACGUUGCCAACAAUUCGCUGGCAUCGUUCGAACUGGAACACUUUAAGCAACUCAACAGUUCGCUCGCGUAUCUGGAUGCAUCCGGUAAUCAGCUUGAAUCGUUCACGGUCACGCCGGCUUUGGUGGGUCUCCGUUUGUCUGGGAACCGGGUGUCACAAAUCGGUCUUGCAGACACGGGCGCGAGCGUACGGUUGUUCUCGUUGAAAAGUCUCGACAUUUCCUCCAACCAGCUCGUGACGCCGUACGGAUGGCGUGAUUUGACGCUGCUGGAGGAACUGAACCUUUCGGACAAUCCGCUUGCUACACCGUUCGAUUUUAACGAGCUGGGACACUUUUAUCAUCUCGCACGCUUGAACCUGUCCUCGCUACAGCUCGCCGAUGAGGAGCUCAGCAGCGAUGGGAUGCUCCUGCCGACCGUGACCGCGCUCGAUCUGUCCAACAAUGCGCUCGAUGCCGUGCCGGAGGAAUUUUUAAAAUGUUUCCCCAGUCUACAGGAACUGUACCUUCAGGACAAUCCACUGGCCGGUGGACCGGUUCAGUAUGCGCAGCUGUUUGCGAUGUUACCAUCGCUCAAGGUACUGGGAACUGCCUAA